AUGCCGAUGGAAUUAGAUAACAAGGGUAAUUUUGCUUUGGAGCUAGCAGCUGAAAUGGCCACUGCUUCACUCGCUGGUAGGUCUUCUGCUUCUGUUCUUGGUCGUGACUUGUCAGAAGCUCACAAAGAGAUGAAGCUGGAAUUGCAAAGGGCUCAGUUAGAAGCGAAAGCCAAUGAGGUCAUUCACAAGGCAGCAGUUCGAUAUCGUGAAGGCAUGCAUUUUGGCGCAACCAUCCGUUUGACAAAAGACAGUUUGCAACGUCCACAAUCAAAUGUCGUUCAUGAACACCAAAAUUUCCCAGACCGGGGAGCCGCAGUGAAGACGUCCUUUGUGUUGGUAAAUCUGACCCGGUUAGUGGAAUAG